AUGUUUUCCGCGGUGCCCAUCAGGUCGGACGUGGAUCCUCUGUUUGCACGCUAUGAACACGCAAGUGCACUAUGUGGUGAUGAAUUGAUAUUAUUUGGUGGUGCCAAUCAGGACAAGCCCUUUAGUGACGUUUGGUCACUGUCCAUCGACGUGAAGCUACUCUCCAGGGGACCGGUUACGGACCUUACUGUGACGGAUUUGUUUCCGGCCACACCAUCUCGUAUUCAGCCGGCAAAUGCGGACGCCGUUUCUGAACGCACUCAACACACCUCCUCAUGCCUGACUGAGCACGACGAGCUAGUGGUCUUUGCUGGUGGUGCUCUUGGCUGCACACCUGUUGAUGAUGUAAAGGUAUCUGUGCUUCUCUUUUUCUUCAUAAGCACCUCUGCUUCAAUGCUUGUUGCAAAAAAAAAAACAUUUUGUCAUAGGUAUUGCAACAUCCUGCUGCUCAUAAAAUUCCAAAAUGCGGAGUAUUUUAGUGAAGCGCAGAAACGGCUUGCUCGACUGUUGGCCAGUGAAAUUUUAUGGAGGACCGCUUUUGCUGCCUAUUUUACACAUUGA